AUGGCCACAGAGCAGGCAAGUGGGCAGCAGGGCCCAGACCAGGCCUCAGGCCCCCAGGAUCCUCCUGCAGAUGUUGUGACCCCUGGGAGUGGUGCCGAGAGGCCCCCCUUGACCAAGAAGAAAAGCAAGAAGGGGAAGGGGCCCCGAGGAUCCCAGAAGAGCACUGGCAGCUCUGGGGAUCAGACCUCUGUCCAGGGCCCAGAAACCCUAGGGAGCAGCAAGAAUCCUUCUAAAACUGGAGAGGGGCAGGGGGGUGCCCCGGGAGCAACUGCUGGACCCACACCCCGCCGUCAGUCUCACCGGCACCGUCCUGACCCCCAGCACGAAGCUGCUCAGCGAACAUAUGGGCCCCUGCUCAACCGGAUCUUCGGGAAGGAUCGUGAGCUGGGCCCCGAGGAGCUGGAUGAGCUUCAUGCUGCUUUCGAGGAGUUCGACACCGACCAUGAUGGCUACAUUGGCUACCGGGAGCUGGGCGACUGCAUGCGGACCCUCGGCUACAUGCCCACCGAGAUGGAGCUCCUUGAAGUCUCGCAGCACGUCAAGAUGCGCAUGGGUGGCCGCGUGGACUUCGAGGAGUUUGUGGAACUGAUAGGCCCAAAACUGAGGGAGGAGACGGCUCAUAUGUUGGGAGUCCGAGAGCUGCGCAUCGCCUUCCAAGAGUUUGACAGGGACAAGGAUGGACGAAUCACCGUGGCGGAGAUGCGGCAGGCAGCCCCAGCUCUGCUGGGUGAGCCGCUGGCAGGGCCUGAGCUGGAUGAAAUGCUCCGAGAAGUGGACCUCAAUGGGGACGGCACCGUAGACUUUGACGAGUUCGUGAUGAUGCUCUCCACGCAUUGAGGUUCCGGGAGGGUCAAUCUGCUGCCUCUGGGGCCCAGAUACCAGCGGAUCCAGGCUGCACACCGUCCCCAAAGGCUCCAGGGUGGAAGAGACCCAGCAGCAUCCAGAUUUCCACCCUGAUAACAUCUGAUUCAACAGUUUGCCUGUCAUCCUCACCUCUAGCCUAUGCAAGUUGCCUGGAGAAAAUCUGCUCUCAACACUCUCCAGUGUGAAUGAGGUUUGGAUCUCUCCAGACUCUACAGAGGUAGGGAAAACACACCAGGAAGGUUUCAAAAAUAACCUAG